AUGGCAGCUAUUGCAACAUCUCGAUCUUUGGACUUGUUAGAACGCUUCCACGUCGCUCAGGCACGGGCGGGAUCGAUUCCUUACAUCACGAUAAUCGGUCUUAUGGUCGUCAGUCAUGCGGAUUUCUCUCAAAUUCUGGCCCAAAUCACUCAGAAUAUUGAUCAGCUCCUGAGAUUGCAUCCAGUCCUAGCUGCGAGCGUUGAUGAUAGCGAUAUUCGACGUCCCAGAUGGAUACCAAACCACGAGGAUCCGCCUUUCGUCACUCACGACCCGAUGGUCCACCCCAUUAUCGGUCCUGAGGUUGACCCGGUGCAGUGUGUUACUCAAGUUGCUGAGGCAGAGGACGCCGAAGCUCAGGGCUUUAACCUACAGGGACCUCUUUGGCGUGUUGGGAUCUACCAACUAACACAACAACCACUUGAUGGCUAUUUUAUUGCGUUGACCUUCCAUCAUGUCGUCACCGAUGGCAUAGGCGCCCUCAAGCUCUUCGAAGAUGUCAUGUGGCAGCCGUCUGCUGUCCCGACAACAUCAUCUCGUCCACGACCGCAACCAAUGCCGCCCAAAGCACAAAAAACGAUGAGAAUGCAACCCUCAGUCGCCGGGACGAUGAGGAAGGGAGCUCGUUGGAUCCUCAAACAGAGAUCCUCUGGCCCAUCUGGGAAGAUCAUGCGUGGGCUCGGUGCAAUAACCAAAUGGCCUCCGCCAGGACUGUUGAAGCAACAACCAAGAAAGCCCGACGUCAGCCAUGCUGCGGUUGAUUUUGGAAAAGACCAGAACAGGAUCGUCGAACGGCUAGAAGCUCUGGGACACCAGAUCGGCAGUGUGCACUCAGUCCUGCACACUGCUGCUGUCGUUGCACUGGCCGCAGCCAUUUCGAAGGGUGUUGGUGAGGACAAUUUCGACACUAUCGGCACAGAAACACCAGUAUCGCUGCGCAUAGAGGGCCAACAUCCACGGAUUGGAGGCCAUUACAUGGGUCUUACCGAGAGGUCCAUCCCACUCCCUAGUCUACGCUCAGAGACAAUCGCCAGCUUCACUAGAUAUAUGAACCGCUACAUGCAUUCGCCACAGGCAGAGAGCGACGCCAGAAGCAGAGUAGGNGGGUUUCGAUUGAUGCCUGAUCGAUUAAUACCUGAUCUGUGGAAAGCAUGCCUCACCAAGAAAGGGACGUCGAAUGAUCCAUAUCGCAAUUCGCUCAUGAUCUCCAACCUCGGCCGCUUUGAAACCAGACAUAUUCCUGGUCUGGACAAGGUUUGGUUCUGCCACGCCUGCAUGCCCUGGGGCGCUGCCAUCAACAUGGACGUGGUCAGCCUUAGCUUGAAGAAGGCUUCAGAUGUCAGUGCAAGGCGAGAUUCAAGGCUCACCGUAAUGGUUUCCUGGCUCGAUGGCGCUAUCGAGAGAAACAUCAUCGAUCGCUUCUGUGCGGCACUCGUCAGAGUUAUGAACCUAAUGGCCAGAGCCGGAGGUGCACCGAACUUGGACCGUCAUGCCAUGCGCACCAAAAAUCUUCAGGACCUUGCGGAUUAG